UCUUCCUUACCUCGCUCUUGCCACAUCGUUGCUCCGUACGGCUGUUCAUUUGAAACCCGGCUAGACAAAAAUCAUUGAUAAACCUGUAAUGAUAGAAUAUGACAUUAUUUUCUUGUAUAAAGCGUUGAGUGCGGGUUACGUUGGUUAUUUUAAAAUGACACUCUGUUUUUGAGCUGGAGUCGGGCAGUGGGUUUUAAAUGAUGUCACAGCGGUCCUGUCAUGUCGGCGUCUUCAGAGAAGAGCGAAUGAAACAUAAUCUGGAGCACGAGUGAAGGACAAAACACGCGUCCUUAUUUCCAUGGAGGAGAGAACAUUUAGUCAUCGAUCUAUUUGAAUGGGUGGAGACACCGAGAUUUACUUCCAGCAACGUGAUCUAUAGAAAAACUACUUGAAGGACGAGAAUAAGGCCAAUUGAACAACUUUUAAGUGCAAUAUUGACUGGAAUGAAUCAAAGCUCAUCUAUGAUAAACAAACUGAUUUGAAAUUGAAUAAUAAAAAAAUUUUCUAUCCAAAAACUUUUUUCUUCCCAAACAUCAUCCUUGGCCCUAAACAAGGAUAGAAAUGUGAGAACUUCAAAUGGCAUGACAUUAUUUUCACUCUCUGGGCUUCUAACGUCAGCAUAGCCUACCCCUGAUAUCUUGGCACAAACUACUGUAGAUAUUAUUCAAUUGAAGAUAAAUGAUGUUGGACUCGAAGAUGAAGGACGUGUGUCGUAUCUGUGCAAGGGAGCUGUGUGGUAACCAACGGCGAUGGAUCUUCCACCCAACUGCCAAGCUGAGUCUGCAGGUGCUACUGUCCUAUGCCUUGGGCAAGGAGAUGAUCCGAGAUGGUCGGGGAGAGUUUGCCUGCAGCAAGUGUGCCUUCAUGCUGGACCGCAUGUACCGCUUCGACACUGUGAUCGCCAGGGUAGAGGCGCUUUCCGUUGAACGGAUGCAGAAGCUCCUGUUGGAGAAAGAUAGGCUCAGACAGUGCAUCGGUGGACUCUACCGUAAAAACAAUGCUGAUGACUUUGGGGUCGUCACGGGAGUGGACUGCAAUGCCGCAGACUCUCCAGGAGUGGACUUUUCUGGCUUGGCUGAGGCUAAAUACAGCGCUCUACUGCAGGAAGACCUGACGUACUCAGUAUAUGAAUCCUGGGCUGAGCAAAGCACUCCAGAGCAGGUUCAAUACCCUGUUCACCACCACCACCAUCAGUGCCAUGCAGCAGCAGAUACCAGUUCUGGCUCCCGUCCCAGGAAGUGCAGAGUUUGUGCUGCGUUGCGAGUGACAGAUUCAGAUUAUGAAGCGGUAUGCAAGGUUCCCAGAAAAGUGGGCCGGAGCACCUCCUGUGGUCCUUCUACACGGUACUCCAGUAGUGUUCAGGGCAGUGCAGAGGAGUCCGUCCCAUCUGCUCAACCCCUAGAAUCUGAGCCUGCUGAGAACAACCAGACUCGACAUCCAAGUGAUGCAGAGCACACCAGUGUGAGUCCCGCCUCAUCUGUGGAGUCAUUGGACACUGCUGUAGAUGUGACCCUAGAGUCUUGCCCAAAAGUCAAUCCUAACAUCACACACACAGAGGCAGAUGAGGAACCAACUUCUACCAGGAGACCUGAGUCCCUCUCUGGCAGCACCUCCAGACAAGGCUCUGUGUGUGGACUAGAGUUGGCCCUUAGUCUACUUAGAAACUUUGAAUAUCGCCCCAUCCAGAGCCCCCGAGGUAGUCGGAUUCCGGUGCCCAUCAAACCUAACACUACACCCAUAGAAGGUCCUUAUAAUCUGUUACAAGUGCCUUCCACAGGGACGGAGUGUCCCAUCCUUCCCCACUUUCAACAGGAUCUGCAACAUGAGUUGGCAGAAAUGGAGGACCUGUGGCUGGAUGAUUACGUGCAGUGCAGGCCAUUGGGCAUUCAAAAGAGUUUGAUCCAGGAGCAGCAGUCUCAGCUGGUGCAGUAUGAGAAUGCAGCAGGUCAAUGUGUGAGCGAGCUGCAGAAGGCCCAACAGCAGGUCCAGUCUCUACAGGCCAAGAUAAGAGAGAGCGAAGCCAACAAUAAGAAGCUACAGCAGAGGCUCGGGGAAAUGGAAAGUGAACUACGUUCAGUCAGAGAAGCAGCAUGUGGUCAAGAGAGAACAAUACAGACCUUGAGUGACUCACUCAACACUAAAGACUGUGAGAUCACUGAUCUCCAUCGGCUCAUUGAGGAACAGAAGGAGCUUUUGCAAUCUCUGAAGCAACAGAACAACCAUUACCAGCUUCAGCAGCAGCAGAUGUCUGGAGUGGCUCCUAGUCGUUUGCAGACCGAUCUGUUGGACCUCCAUGGGUCUCUGUUUACAGCCCAGCUAGAGAUACAAGGCCUUCAAAGAGCACGGCAACAGGGCCAGAGACGAGAAGAUGACCUGGCCCGCUCGAACCAGCGUCUCCAAGCUGAUCUGCAGGGAGCCCUGCAGCACUGGCAGGAGGCAGCAAGACACAACCAGGAUCUGCUGGCUGCUCUGCAGAAGGCUCGCAUUGAGUUGCAGCAAAUGGAGGAAAAAUAUACAGGUGAAGGGAGAAGGAGAGAGAAAGAGGUCGAAGAACGAGAGAGGACCAUCCGAGAGCUGAAGACCUCACUAGAGAACAAAGAGCACCUGAUACAAGACUACAGUGAACUGGUGGAUGGCCAGAGGGAGCCAACCGGGAAUAGAGACAGUCUCAUCCACAAGCUAAAACAACGCAUUCAGGAAAGAAAUAGAGCACUAGAGAGAGCGAUAGAUGAGAAGUUUGUGUGCAUGGAACAGAAAGAAGACGAGGUGCUUAAACUGCAGCUGGUGCUGAGAGAAAAAGAGAGAGACUUGGAGAAACUCUGCAGUGUGUUGUCCAAUAACAAGGAAACCAUCACGAGUCUGGAGUUGCUUCUGCGUGGUAAAGGUUUAGAGCUGGAGCAGGUACGUGAGGCCUGGUGCAGUGCUCAGUUUGUUCAGCGUGAAAGAGAGGAGUCACACACACGUAGUCUGCGAGAAAGAGACACUGUGAUCAGCCAGCUGCAGGCGUUACUCCGUACACACACCAAAGAGGCUGAGGAGAUGACUGCAAUUCUACUCGGUAAGGUGUCGGUCGGGUCCAGUGAGGUGGUUGAGGAACUCAAGUCUCGGCUGCAACUGAAGGAGCGUUUGUUCCAGGAGCUGCUGUCGGACCACAGUAGACAGACUCAAGAGCACCACUCACAGGUCCAGGACCUGCUCAACACUAUCAACACAAGAGAACAGUACAUCAAGGAUUCUGCAGAGCGUGUGGGUCAGGUGAUGGCUGAACAGACUGCUCGAUUGCAGGAGCUACGCAGACAGCUUGAGUCAACAGACCCUCAGCAGACCACAGCAGAGUCUCCUUCUGACACACAGACACUCCAGGAUGAUCUCCAGCUGGCUCUGCGCAGGGAAAUGGAAGCCCAGAACCAGCUGUCUGCCUUGCGGUCCACCCUGUCCAGCCACCAAGACCAACUCCAGGCCCAGGCCUCAGACCUGGAAGCCUUGACCAGAACUUUGAGAAUUAAAGAAGAAAUAAUCAAGGACUUGCAGAUGCAGUUGGUGGAGCCUUCUGGUUUGCCGCUAGUCGAGCGACUAACCCAAGAGCUGCAUGACCUGAGAGAGAGGUUGGGACAUCAGGAUCCCACUUGCAUUAAUCACAAGCAAGCAGCUCUCGAUACACUGGUGGCCAUGGAAACAGGACUGGAAGCCAAACCUCAUGCUGAUUUUGGAGGUUUCAUCUCAGAUGAUGGAGAGGAGGAUGAUGAAGACUGCAGUAGUGAGUUUGCAGACAGUGCCGAAGAUGAGGAGCACUCCAAACUGACAGCUCAGUCUUUGGUCAGCAUGCAGAGUUGUGAGCAGCAUAGAGGAUUCAGGGGCUGCCAGGAUGCAGUGGCUGAGGGUCAGGGGCUGGCGGAGGUCAAGCUACUGGUGGAGCAGAAGAGGGCGGUAGAGAGAGAGCUGAUGGAGCUCAAGUCUCAACUGGAGAUAGCUGGUUUUUCUUCUCUCUCUCAGAUGAGAAAGGCUUUCUUUGCACUCCGCUCUGAGAAUGAUGAGCUCAAGAGUAUGCUGAUCGGAAGAAAGGCAAAUAAUGAUGGACAAAAGAUCACAGCAGAUAGGGCUGAUGGACAACUUGUGGAUUCAGCUGGUAUGGAGGCAGGUGAGUGUGUGUCUGUAGGGGAGCCAUUGAGAGAGCAGAGGGUGCGUCUGAAAACUGAUCUUGAGCAGGUGCAGCAAGAGAGCAGAGAGCUUCAGGAGAGACUCAUGGUGUCGGAAGCCACAGUUCAUGCUCAGGCCGAGCAACUCAAAGACUACAGAGAACUGCUUACGGAAACAUCAGUACAGCAGGAUAGUAAGCAGGUCCAGGUGGACAUCCAAGAUCUGGGCUAUGAGACAUGUGGCCGAAGUGAGAACGAGGCAGAGAGAGAAGACACCAGCAGUCCAGAGUUUGAUGAUCUGGAGCUGUGCACAUCACUCUCCUAUCAUGAUGGGGGCUCUCAGUGGUGGGGUGCUCCCAGCUCACUGAACUCUGGCAAGACUGAAAAUGACGUGACCUAUCUGCAGCGACUAGUGGAGGACCUGCGCAGUCAGCUGUCCCGAUCUCAGGCCCUGAUUCGCAGCUCACAGGCCCAAACGUGUGAUCAUACCCCAGCCAGCACUCCCCGUAAGGUCAACUGGGGCUUGGAUAACUGUGAGACACAGAGUGCAACUGAGGAAGAUGAGGGCUGGCAGUCAUCUGAUGGCUUUGGCUCUCUUCCCCGCCAGCCCAAACAAGACCGAGAGCUGCAAGAGCUUGUUUCCCGAGUGACUUCACUGGAGGAUCAGCUCAGGAAGGGCAAAGGCCAUGCAGAGGAUGGCAAAACUUUAAACUGGCCAGGUAAGUUUGACACGCUGAUUCAAGCGCAGGCCCGUGAACUGUCUCACCUGCGUCAGAGGAUGCGUGAGGGCCGUGGUGUGUGCCACAUUCUGAUUCAGCAUCUGAGAGACACCACCAAGGCCUUUGAAGAGCUGCUGCGCUCCAACGACAUUGAUUACUACAUGGGCCAGAGCUUCAGAGACCAGCUCUCUCAAAGCCUUUCACUCACCCAGAGAGUCAGCACCAAGAUCAGCGGCCGUGAUCACACUGAAGUCCCAGACGAUAAAUCAGGCCAUGAGCUGCUUGCAAUUCGGCUGAGUAAGGAGCUACAACAGAAAGACAAACUCAUCGAUUCACUAUGCUCCAAACUCGACCAGCAUCAACCACGAUCGGAAACACCUACUAGCAGCCACGCCCUGUCAGAAGCUACAGAUCAAUCAGACAGGACUUCUUUUGUGUCAGAUGACCAUGGCUCGACCAAUGAGGAUCUUGAGUUGUGCUCUGAACUGGAUGCUGCAAGUGAAUAUGACCGAGAGGAGGCUACAAGAAGUGGCACAGACUCACAAAGUCAUAGAGGCUCAGCUACAUUACAUGCAUCCAACCCUCCUUCCAUCAUGUCAUCUCACAGCCAUCAGUCCUCCAGCACCUGUCCCAGGAUGCACUGUACACCUCACAGACCAAUGGAAACCCAAACACAGACAGGCUACCAUGUUCCUCAAGUCAAACCGCUGCCUGGGUUUCCACUGGGCUCCCACACUCAGCCAGACCAUAGCGUCAUACACCCACUAUCCCAUCAUGCCUUUGAACAGUCACCUCUAAGCAGCCAUCAGGCCAGUCCUGCUAUGAAAUCAGGGGCAAACUUCCUCGAGAGCAGCAUGAUGUGGGAUAUGAUGUAUGGCCCAAGACUGUUAAGACCAGGCACGUAUGGAGAUGUGUCCUCUAGUUCCUCAGGAUAUCAGUCUGGCCAUACAGGUGCCGACUUAAUGGAGGAGCACCUUAGGGAGAUUCGCACUCUCAGACGGCAUCUAGAAGACUCUAUCCAGACCAACGACCGUCUGAGACAACAGCUGGAGAAGAGACUGGCCUCUUCUGCACGAAAUGGAGCUGGUGGAGCACCCACUAACAUCUACAUCCAGGGGCUUGAUUCAGUCAGUCAGCUGUCCAAUGAGAUUCGAGUGCUGAAAGAGGACAAUCAUGCCCUGCAGAACCAACUCCAGCAACUCCAGCAGGCCAGGACAGAUGGCAGUAAAGACUUGGAGCGGCUGAGAGAGGCGGUUCUAUAUGGGCGUGGCCAGUUGAAGCAGGCAGAGCUAGAGGCGGAAAGGUGGGCGGAUGAAUGCAGAAGACUGCAGGCUCAAACCAGAGAGCAGGCUCAGGCAAUACUGCAACUUAAAAAAGAGAAACAAAACAGCCUGGACAACAACACCAGGCUACAGCAUGAGGUGAAUGUUCUCCAGCAGCAGUUAGGUGAGAGUCAGCGACUAGUGCACAUUCUGCAGUGUGAACUACAGGUGUACCAGAGAGUCUGCGGCACUACUGAGAGCAACACAGGCUCAGGGCUGAGUUUGACCUUCGACCUGCAAGAGUCUAACAUACAUUUGUUGGAGCAGCAGUUGAGAGAGAGGCUGGAUCAGCGUAUGCUCUGCCCCUCAGCCAGGAAACAGCUCUUCCAUAACCAGUCUCCAUCUCCUCCCAUUCGAGAUACAGGGUUCUCCAGUCCUGCUUCACCAGCUGUGGAACCAGAUGACCAGAAGUCUUCUGCUAGUGACUCAUCUAAGCCUGGCUCUGAAGGUCUGAAGUGUGAGGCCCCUGACGGCUCCUUCGCCUGCAGAACUGGACAUCAUGUGAUUGGCCAUGUGGAUGAUUUUAGUGCUCUACAGCAGCAGCUACUGGAAGGGAAGGUGGUUAUCCGCAAGAUGGAGGCAGCACUACAAUCAAGCCCAGAACAUGACCUACCGGAGGGCUAUGUGAGGAACUUGCUCGCCAGCACUAAGACAUUGAAGCAGAUUCUGGAGGAGACAUGCUCUCUCUUAAGAAUGUUCUGGAGGGCAGCUCUGCCCAGUAGUGACGCCUCUGCCCAGCAGCUUAAAAAGGAGCAGUCUCUGAGAAAGGAAGUUGUUUCAUUAAGGCGUAAGCUGUCCAAACAAGAGCAGCUUCUCAGGGACACUAUGGAGAAUCUGAGAGCCUCCAGUCACACUAAAGACAGCAUGGAGCAAUUCAUCGUCGGUCAGCUCUCAAGAACACGAGAUGUGCUGAAACAGGCUCGCUCAAAUCUAGAGAAGAAUGAACUCAAGAUUGCCUCUCUAGGCUGCACCUCUCUCCCUUCAUCCUUCUAUUCCUUCUCCUCCACUCCUUCCUGGUCUGAUAGAGGUGAGGUCACAGGAGGCUCGAGCAAACAUGCCCCCUCUCUUGGUUGGAAUAUCGUGACUCACGCUCAGGACCAGCACAAAAUGAUGAGGAGUGAUAGACAGCGUGUCCUAGAGGUGUCCUGCAAAUCAGACUCAAGAUUUGGUGCUGCUGUGUCCUCAUGAGGUUUCAGAUUAUUUCACCCUAAAAAGCAUAAGGAAUAUACAUAAUUAUUUUAAUGUUACACUUUAAAAAAGUGAUGUAAUUUUUUUGUGAAGUAUACAAGCUAAAGUUAAGAGUGUCCAACUGUGUGUAUGUAUUGUGUUUGGAAAGCCAAAUUAUUUCACUUUUCAUGCAAAUGAUAUCUCUCGAAGUUAUGCAUGACUUUGGGUAGAUUCAUGUUAUAGACUUUGAAUUUCAAAUCAAGUCUUUAACCAAAGUAGCAUUUUAUGGGUUUCUGUUUGGUGUUAAUGUUUAUGUUGAACCAGCAACACUAAUAAUGUGCAAUUAUAAUACUACUAUGCUACCAGCCAGACCUUUUACACUGUAUCGUAACCCAGGGACAAGCUGAAGACCGAUGGUGCAAUAAUACUUAACUGAACCUGCUACUGUAGAUGUGAAAUGGGAAUAUCCCAAUAUCUGUUUGUUUAUCCUGUGUUAAUGCCAAAGUUUGAGUCUGUUGCUUUUUAUUAGCUAACCUUCGACAGUAUUUUGCCCUGUUAAACAGUCAAAAAAAAUAAUAAUUAUUUAGUUUCCUUUUGUUUUGUUUUAAUGUUUUAUUAAUUUUUCUAUUUUUUAGCAUUUGCCCAUAGUGGAGAGUAUUGAUGGAAUUUUUUUUAAAUAUCUUUGGGUUUUGGUCUAAAACAAGUCAAUGUUUUAUGUUUUAUUUGCUGUAACAGCUUACCGAUGGACCAGUUUUCUUUUGUUCUUGUUUCUUUUCUUUUUUAUUAAUUUUUUCCUUUCAAUUCUUUUUCUAUUUGCUUUCCUUUUCUUUGUCAUUCUCUUUUCUUUUUAUUUUCCUUUCCUUUUCUAUUUUGUUUCCUUUUCCCCUUUCUUUUUCUUCCUUUUUUCCUUUCCCCUUUUCUUUUUAUUAUUGACAUGCAAUGAGAUAAAAAAAAAAAAAAAAGGAAUAACAUGAAACAAAAUCUCACUACUGCAUUCAAUUAUAAUUGUUUUAGACACUGCAGGCAAUUUUGCUCUUUUUGAUUUUGAGAGACUGUAUGUAGCUCUACUGUUCUAGCUGUAUGUGGCGUUAAAAGAUUGCAAUGUGAAAAGCCUGAUGCUCUUGCAUGAACCUCAAAACUUGAGGCUUUCACAUGCAGUAUUUCAGUAUUUCACAACAGUGCAAUAAGGCCUUGGGUUUUUAUGUACUUGUGAAAUGAUCUGAUGCCAUGAUGUUUUGCUCUGUAUAUUAUUUGUUUAUUAACUCUUUAUGAGAAGCUCAUUUACAGCCAUCAUUAGGUCAGGCAUGCAACAACAAAAAAUGAAUUUUGUAUUUUGAACUCCUGAGACAAAGGAGAACACCAAAAGACACUUGGGGUUGGUCCAUUUCAAGUCAAUCUCUUGCACUAUCUGGCUCUAUGACAAUCAGAUAUUUUGGGGAUUUUCAGUUGUUUAAGAUAUACUGUAGGUAGCAAUACAAUUAGUUUUAAAAUGUCCCUUUACAAAGUGAUGUAAAUUGAGAGGGGUUUGUUAAAGAGAGUAAUGCAUGUGUAUUUCAGAAAAAGGUAUGUGGAAGAAAAUUCUGAACAAAAAGGGAAACUUAAUAAAAAGGGAAUUUAUACACAAA